AUGGAGCGCAAUCCAGAUCAGUGGUUUCGAUUCGACGGGCCAGGAACGCUCAUUGGAGCCGCUGACUUGGCACGUGCUCGAGUAGCCGAGUAUGUGAAGGCAGAUGCGAGAGAUGUGGUCUUCGUCGACGGUGCGUCUGCCGGUGUGAAUGCUGUCUUGCGCUCCAUCAAGCUUCCACCUCAAUCAUCUAUUCUGUACUUGAACACUGCUUAUCAGAUGGUCAAGAACACGAUCUCAUAUGUCAAUGGCGAGCGGCAGGCGCCUUCCGUGCAAGUAAAUAUUUCAGUUCCAAGCAGCAAAAGUCAAAUCCUGGAAGCGGUCCAGACUGCGUUGGACGGUUAUCCGUCCGUAGAGCUAGCCAGCUUCAGUCAUAUUACAAGUGUUCCUGCAAUCAUCCUGCCUGUGGAAGAGCUGGUGCAGAUUUGCCAUCAAAAAGGCGUCAUGGUUUUGAUCGAUGGGGCACAUGCUUUGGGGCAAAUCCCCUUGGACAUUCCAAAGAUUGGUGCAGAUUUUUACGUGGCCAAUGGGCACAAAUGGCUUUACAGUCCGAAAGGAAGUGCAAUCCUGUGGGUUGCAAGGGACAAGCAGCACUUGAUUCACCCCAACGUGAUCAGCGACGAGGGCAGGGGCUUGAGCUUCUUCCAACUGCAGUUUUCUUACACCGGCACCAAAGACUACAGCGCCUUUCUGGCAAUGUCUGCAGCUUUGGAGUUUCGAGACACUCUGGGAGGAGAUGCUCGGAUUCUGAACUACGUGUCCACCUUGGCUGUUGAGGGAGGCCAGCGGCUGGCCGAGGCCUUGGGCACUGAGCCCAUGCCGACCGGAGGCCUCGCUAUGGUAAACGUGCCGCUUCCACAGCUGGCCAUGAACUGUUGUGACAUGAAGACCGCGCAAAAAGUCCUUCUGAAACACCGGACCUUUGUGCCGUUCUACUCGUGGCAAGGGCAAUGCUUCGUCCGGGUCAGCGCGCAAGUUUACAACGAGGUCUCUGACUUUGUGUACCUGGCAGGUGGCUUGCGGGAUGUCCUUCAGCAUGACUGUUUCCCAUCUGAAGUUGAUGUCUGA